UUUCAUCAGCUGAUAUUAGUCAUAAAACCUGAAACCAAAACAUUAAAUAAUAGACUAAUAGAGUUCAGUGAGUUAACCAUAGUAUUAAAUUGAGAUAAUAGCGCAAGUUUUGAAUAUUCCAGUUUGGAUAGACACAUACUAACUGAAAGCUGACAAGUAAAGAAUGCUUGAACUACGGUUACGGAGCUGGAUAUUGGGUUUAUUAAUCCUAAAUCUAGUCGGAGCUUGUCUAGGUUGGGGGGAAACCAAAGGAAAAGUUCUACUAAAAGAUGUUCAGGUACUGACACUACACCAAGGAAAGAUGACUACAGGACGUCGGAGUAGUUCAGUUCCUCAAUUAAACUGUGUUGGAGGAAGUGCUAGAGGAAUGUUUAAUCCACAGGUUGUCCAAUGUUAUAAUCGUGGCUGGGAUGGCUUAGAUGUUAACUGGGAGUGUAAAACUGAUCUUGAUAUGGACUAUAGACUUGGUAGCGUGAAUGUGCUCUGCGAGGGAUAUGAUUAUCCGGAGGAUCCGUAUAUUCUGGCCGGUAGCUGUGGUCUGGAGUAUACCCUGGAGUUGACUCAACAGGGUAGAGAUAAACAGAAAACUGGAGGAAGCAGUAGUUAUCAAUCUAACUAUGCACAGGACUCAUAUGCAGGCGCUUACGAUGAUAAGUAUGGAUCCACUAAAUGGAAGGGAUUAAGUGAUCUGAUCAUCCUUGGAGUUGUUUGCAUUGUUAUCUAUGCAAUAUACAAAACCUGCAUCGAGUCUGAGGAGAUGGGUGAUAGGCAGUACAGUAGUACAGGAUCUGAUGGUUAUCCAGGAAAUAGUGGAGGAGGAGGAGGUUGGACAUCUCCUGGCUCAGGAAACACUGGUAGUUAUAGCAGUCGUGGUGCCGGGUAUCCUGGACAUACAGCUGAUGAUGCCAGCUGCGGAGGCGGAGCCCGCCGCAGGGGGACUGGUGCGGCGGGUAUGGGAGGUGGUAACUUCUGGACUGGAGCUGGAGUUGGCGGUUUACUGGGAUAUAUGUUCGGGGCCAGGAAUAAUACUGGAGGAUAUGGCGGAUACAACAGAGGCUACGGUGGAUACAACACAGGCUUUGGAGGAGGAGGAGGCUGGGGCGGAGGAGGCGGUUGGGGUGGAGGUUCUACACGAAGUUUCGGCGGAGGCAGCAGUGCGCCGGCCAGCUCAGGAGGCACGAGAACAGCCUCCGGUUUUGGAGGGACUUCAAGAAGAUAGAAUAAAAUUGUUUUUGUUAAAGAGACAGUAUACGUAAUUUCAUGUCCGAUUUACAAGUAUCCUGAAUGCUUUGUCUGAUCAAGAAUGAAUGAGAAACCCACUUUUGCAGAAACAAUAAAGGACAAGUUAAGUUAUACAUUUUUAGUCAGAAAAAGGUUUAUACAGUACCAUUCUAAAUCGGACAUGCCCUAGUUUAAGUUGAGUUUCGCUUGAAAUUACAUGACAAUCCCUUUGACGGUUUUGUAAAAAAAAAUGAGCAUGGCGAUAACAGACUUUAUUGCAUGAUAUGUUGCAAUUCACUUACAUACAUCAUCUAGAUGACCUUUGCAGUUUGCUGUUCUAAAUAACUGAGGAUUUUGUAAAUAAAAAUUUUAUUGUUAUGUUGAAGAUAUUAUUGUCAGGCAUAAAAAUUAUUUGUCA